AUGCAAAAUCGAGCUGCGACGUUAAAAAAUAAAAUUGAGAACGACAAUCCACGCAUAACCGCCCUCGGCCCGGGUGACUCCCUCAAUCCUCCCAUUGACGUUGACAUUUCAGAGCUUUGGCGCAGCUUAGACGAAGAUCACAAGAGUGACUUCCACUCCAAACCAGUCCAACUGAAUAGACGGCCUGCCGUCCCAGACUGGGAUUCUAUGCAAACAGACUUUACAAAGCCGUUUCCGAUGGGUGCCAUAUCGCCCAACGCCAGUCCUGGCCUAUACGCGGUCCAUCAGCCAAGUCCUGCGCAACAACAGCAGUAUUUGCAACAGCGGUUUAAUAUGAAUAACCCAAGAGCCUAA